GUUUGACCGGAUUUGGCACAAAACUGACAGCGAUUUGUUGUUGUUUACACAUAUUAAUUAUUUUAUAGGGCUUUGCCCCUUUGAACCCCUGAAUCUGGAUUAGCUCAAUGGAAAAAGACAAGAGCAGGGGCAUAAAACACCACCGCGAAAAGACCAAAUACAAGGGAAACAGCACGAAGAACCGAAAGUAUGUGCCUGCCAAAACUAGGCCCCAAUUGGAGCCCAACUGGGAUCGCUAUGAAAAGCCAGAGGGCGACGAAUUGGGGCCCAAGUUGGCCAGCAGCACGGACUUUGCCCUGCUGGCCGGCGCCCCUUUGACGAUAGGCAGCCGCCGGCAGGCCGACAGUGUUGAAACUGAGCCGGAGCUAUUUGCUUUGAAUGUGGCCCUGCUGGCUAAGAGCAUGGCAACUGUGCCCUUUUGGCAGAAAUUGGGGAUUUCCAAGGAGUAUUUUGAGGAGAGCCAAAUCCGGGAAAUGGAGCAAAGAGCCCAGGCUAAUCUAGAGGCCUAUGAAGAAUACUUGGGGAGCUUUCAUACAUCAGCUGUAGAUUUGGAAGGUUUGGGGCUUGAGGACUCUGAUGAGGAGCAGACUUCGUAUCAAGCGGGUAACAAACAGUUUGGUUUUAAUCCUGCUGUUUCAGAACUAAAAGCACCUGAACAGGCAGGCAACAGUGAGGACCUAGAGAAAUGGCUGGAUGAUUUUUUGGGCGAAUAAAGCACUUGUUUUUU